CCAACUAAUUCACUCAUUCCACCAUUAAUUUAGUCCCAAUUACCACUCUAUAAAUACCCUUUAGAUCUCACUAGCUUUCGUAUCCAAUAAUCGAGUAACAAAUAUAUCACAUUUGUAGUAUCCUCCAAUCCACUACUCUCCUCAUACUACUCUGUAAUUUUCUUACAUUAAGCAUGGAAAUGGCAGGCAAGAUUGCAUGCUUUGUGCUUUUGUGCAUGACGGUGGUUGCACCUCAUGCAGAGGCACUGAGCUGUGGUGAGGUUCAGUCUAGCAUGGCCCCUUGCGUUCCUUAUUUGACGAGUCGUGGCCCUCUUGGAGGUUGUUGUGGUGGAGUUAAAGGUCUGUUGGGUGCAGCCAAUACUCCAGCAGAUAGAAAGACAGCAUGUACUUGUCUAAAAUCAGCAGCUAGCACUAUUAAGGGCAUUGAUGGGGACAAAGCCGCUAGUCUCCCUAGUGUUUGUGGCGUCAACAUUCCUUACAAGAUCAGCCCUUCCACUGACUGCUCCAUGGUUCAGUAAGGCUGAUAUAUCAUCGUAAUUUGGAGAAGAAUAAGACGGAUUAAUCGAGUUUGAUCAUGCUUAUGAAUCCAUCACUCUAUAUAUGUUGUCUCUUUUCUUUUUUAUUUGUGUCUGCUGUAUUACUCAUAUCUAGUCGAGUCUUGUAAUGAACCUUGGUGGUUGGUUAGUUGUAUUACAACCCAAUCUUCAUAGUACGUAGCAUGUUCUACUAUUUUCUUA